GGGGGGAAGAGCUUCCGGGGCGUUGCAGCACCGGCAGCGGAGCACGCACCGGUUUCAGGAACUGGCCGGGCCGCGGCUGAAACGGCGCCAUGGCUGCGGACUCGGAGGUGCUGCACUUCCAGUUCGAGCAGCAGGGCGAUGCCGUGCUGCAGAAGAUGAACCUCCUGCGGCAGCAGAACCUCUUUUGCGACGUCUCCAUUUACAUCAACGACACAGAGUUCCAGGGACACAAGGUGAUCUUCGCCGCCUGUUCCACCUUCAUGAGGGACCAGUUUCUGCUCAACCAGUCGAAGCAGGUGCGGAUCACUAUCCUACAGAGCGCCGAGGUGGGCAGAAAGCUGCUGCUCUCCUGUUACACGGGCGCUCUGGAAGUCAAGAAGAAGGAGCUGCUGAAAUACCUAACGGCCGCGAGUUAUCUCCAGAUGGUUCACAUAGUGGAGAAGUGUACGGAAGCCUUGUCAAAGUACUUGGAAAUUGACGCCGCCAUGGAGAACGGAAAUCAGGUUGUGGAGAGGUGUCACUCCUCAGACGCCGAACUGAGAAACGGGGACGAAGCUUUAGAUAAAGAUUGCGAAAUAAUUGAGAUUUCUGAAGACAGCCCAGUGAGUGUGGAAUUCCCCAUUAAACAGGAAAAGGGAGAAGUCUCCGAGCCUGAAGUGCAGACUGAAGUGCAGGCUGAAGUGCAGAGUUUGGUCUCACAAAGAAAGGACACGAAAACUCCAGAAAUAUCAACAGUUGAAAUCGGAUAUAAAGACGAUGAGAUCUGCAUCUUCAGAAUGGAUUCUGUGAACGUAGCCAAUGUAGAAAAUGAUCAUUUUCCCCAGCCUUGCACAUCCUCUAAAUCAAAUCUGUAUUUUCCAGAAACCCAGCACUCGUUGAUAAAUUCUACAGUUGAAAGCAGAAACACAGAAAUGUCAGGAAAUCACUUGCAGGCUUUUGUCAGUGACAAUCCAGAAGGAACUUCUAAUGUGGUGAAUGGGUUCCAGAGCCUGGAUGAUUACGGCAACUCAUGGCGGCAUCAGUGUCCCAAGUGUCCGAGGGGAUUUCUGCAUCUUGAGAACUAUCUCAGACAUCUGAAAAUGCACAAACUCUUCUUGUGUUUGCAGUGUGGCAAAACAUUUACUCAAAAAAAAAAUCUCAACAGACACAUCCGGGGGCACAUGGGCAUCCGCCCGUUCCAGUGCAUGGUGUGCUUGAAGACCUUCACGGCCAAAAGUACACUUCAGGAUCACCUGAAUAUCCACAGCGGUGACAGGCCCUACAAGUGUCACUGCUGUGACAUGGACUUUAAACACAAGUCUGCUCUUAAAAAGCAUUUAACUUCUGUUCAUGGAAGGAGUAAUAGUGAAAAAUCAAACCUGAACACUAUUACGAAAGUUAAAAUAGAUUAUGAUUAACAAAUGGGUAGUUGUGGAGCCAGGCUCCACAAAAAGCUCCUGCCUAGUGAAACUCUAGAUGAAAUUCUAGACACAGAUCCCCGCAUAAUGGAGAGAAGCACAAAGAUGUGACUGGUGAUCAAAUAUAGGCCUUGUGAGCAGCAGACUUGCUUGCUGCAUUGAGGUUGCUAUUGCUGUAAGUGUGAAAAAGGUGUUUACUAAUUGAAAGUAACAGUUCCCAAAAUAUGGGAAAUGACGUCAUUCUCUUCUGUUACUCUGGGUGCAUUCUGAUUUCCACCUCCUCCCCCAUUUAUGUUUUAUGCUCUCCUGUUUCAAGGGCAGGCACUGCUGGUUUUCAAACUAUUCCUGAUAUUGCAAUAAGCUGAAGCCUAAGCCGUGAUGUUCCUGAUCUGUAAUGGCUAAGAAAGGGGAUGUCUGUGUUUAUUUGAGGGGUCAGUCAUUCACAGCUAGUUCAAGUAUUAUUUAUGGUGAAAUUAUCUCCUUGCCCAAACUUUGCUAGAUCUGUUAACAGAAAGAAUGCUUGUUUUCAUACUCAAGCCUCUGAUAUUUAAGAAAAAACAACAAACAAAAAGCCAUCAAGGAAGCUUUCAGAUUGCUUCUAGCAAAUAGAGAAUUAGUAGAAAAGAAUGAAACAAAUGGUAUUGCCUUGCAGUUCAUUUUUAAGCGAAUAGUCUCAUUGGAGGGACUUGCUUUGAGUUUUAUUGACUUAGUUCUGAUUUUUUCUUUUAAUUCUUUCUUCUGAUAUUUUUUUUUCUGUCAUACCAGUGUUUUGCACCUGUAUCUGACUAAUUUGAAGUUAAUCCUGUUCAUUGAGUUGCAAUGUUUUUUACAAAUCCUAGAUACAUACACAAAUGUAAGAAGUUAAGAUGUGUGCUGUUAGGUAAUGGCAUUUUUUAUGUUAAUAUGGAAAAACAGUCCUUUCUAUCUUACUUGGAACAGCUUAGACAUAGAGAUCUCCUCAUACUCUAAAUCUGUGAUACAGUAAACCAGUAACUAUGUGUGUUUGGAUAGGUGUGUUUGUACUUUGUCAAAGGUCAUUUCAGUUUCAUCACAAACAUUGAAAGCCCUGUAACACAGAAUCUUUAUCCUGUACCUGUCUUUGACUGGUCUGUGUUUCUUCCACUUAAUGUGAUAUGAAUAAAGAGUCUAUUCAGAUGUUGAUAUGAGAUAAUGGUGCUUACAUUAGGUUCUCUCCAAAAGCUGUAGUUCUUAAUCUUGCCUGUAACUUUCCUUCAAGUUUCAGAAGUGCUGUUACGAAGUUUGUGCUCUGAGUCCCGCAGUCUGGUCUGUGUGGUCCAUAGCCUGGCUGGUUUUAAAAAACAAGACAAGAGUUCUUAAUGUCAGUUAACAGAUUUCACUUACUUUCCAUCCCUGUGUCUAUGAGUGCAGCAGCCACUGUUUGGGGUUUAAUUUAUCAGCCACGUGAGGGGUUAGGCGAGUACAAUGUCUAACAUGCAUUUUCCUGUUAUAGACAGUAACACAACUGCUACUGUCUUUGUUGCUUAGAACUUUCAGUUGAACAGUUUUUAAAAACUCAUUUCAUGAUGGGGGGUUUUAAGCUCUUCAUCUGAUACUGUUAACACUUAAAAUACAUAGUUAAAUUAAAGCAGUAUUUUGCAGGUUCCAGUUCAUACUGUGCUUUGUUGUGCUGGGAAGCAUACAGCUUUCUCAAAACCCUGUUGUCUAAAUGGGCAAGUUGUGUAUUCUGCAACUGAGCAUGCCACUAGGGCCAGAUUCCUCCCAAAAUUCUCAGAAAUGUCUAACUUUACACAGCUGACUUGUGAAGGACGCCAUUGUACUGGAUCGCUGGAAAGGUGUGUGUGCCAAGACUGCAUAGGGGGGGUGUCACUGUGAAUGAAAUGACACUCCCAGAAAGUUUAACUGUGGGUUAAAAUCACCUGAGCUAUCCAGACAUUUAAGUACAAGGCCAAACCUUUCACAAUGUCUGCUAUUACUUCAUAUUAAAGUUGGUAAUUUACUUUUUGGGGGGUGAUUUUUAACUGCAGGAAUUGUCAUAACAAUACCUGCAGUUAAAAGCUUUGGGAGUUGCAUAUGGUGGAGUAACCUGGCAUUUUGCUAAAAUCCUUCAUUUUAUAGCAUUGAUUCUGUUUGCAUUCAUUAUUCUGUCACUGUUUGCAGCCUUUUGGUCCUAUUGGUUGCCUGGAUUUUACAGAAUACCAUUAAUUUUAGGUUAUUAAUUACUUAAAAAUUUAAAAGCCUGAUUUUCUAAAGCAUGGUAGUACCUGCACUUGCCCUUACUGCAUUUACAGCUGUUCACCUGGGUGUACAUACAGGUCUGUAUGUAGCUUUUCAUUCACAUCUGCAUAAUUAGUUACUUAAACUCCUUCACCCUUGGAAGAGGUCAUAAACCAAGGAAAAAGUCUGCUUCCUCUCCCCAUCCUUUUUACAUGGGGCUGCUAUUACUGUAGUUCAGUAAACAAAUGUAUUGUGCAUUAUGGGACAGCUUUGGUUCAACUCUGCUUCAAUUUGUUCAUUUAAUAUGCAUUUUUGGCAUGUGUAUGAUUAGCAUACAUAACACUUCAGAAGAUUACUGCUUAUUUUUUCUUUGACUGGCGUUCAUAGGUGUAUGCACCAAGUAUUUCUGUGUCAAAGGGGAAAGAGGCUGAUCUUCUGAAGGGUAUCUUCUGUGGGAGCAGAAUUGUGAGUUCUUUUGGUCUGUUGUAUUGCAUGUAAACAUGAGAGGGAGUUGUGUGACAGGCCAACAGUAUGUUCUGUUC